AUGCACAUCCACGAGCCCCUCGGCGUUGUGGGCCAGAUCAUUCCCUGGAACUUUCCCGCGCUUAUGGCUGCCUGGAAGCUCGCCCCAGCCCUGGCGGCGGGUAACUGCGUGGUCAUGAAGCCCGCAGAGCAGACACCCGUCUCCAUCUGCGAGAUGAUGGAGCUGAUUGCUGACAUCUUGCCCAAGGGUGUUGUCAACAUUGUCCAUGGCUUUGGUCCCGAGGCCGGCGCAGCCCUGGCUGGUAGCAGCCGCAUCGCCAAGAUUGCCUUUACCGGCGAGACCACCACCGGUCAAAAAAUUAUGAUGGCUGCCACCAACAACAUUAUUCCCGUCACGCUGGAGCUGGGUGGCAAGUCGCCCAAUGUCUUCUUCGAGAGCGUCAUGGAUGCCGACGACGAGUUUCUUGACAAGUGCCUUGAGGGUGCUGCACUCUUCGCCUUCAACCAAGGCGAGGUCUGCACCUGCCCCUCGCGCAUCCUGGUUCAGGAAAGCAUUGCCGAUGCCUUCCAGGAGAAGCUCAAGGAACGCAUUUCCCGCAUGAAGAUUGGCAACCCCCUGGAUAUGGACACCCAAGUUGGUGCCCAGGCCAGUCUGGAGCAGUAUGAUAAGAUUCAAAAGUACCUGCAGAUUGGUCGUGAGGAGGGCGCCGAGGUUCUGACCGGUGGCAAUGUGGCCAAGGUCAUCGAGGGCGGCUUUUACAUUGAGCCAACCGUUUUCCGCGGCAACAACAAGAUGCGCGUCUUCCAGGAGGAAAUCUUUGGCCCGGUGGCCAGCCUGUGCACCUUCAAGACGCCCGAGGAGGCCAUUGAAAUUGCCAAUGACACGGAGUUUGGCCUUGGCGCCGGUGUUUUCACCCGCGAUGCCCAUGAGGCCUUCCUCGUGCCCCGUGGCAUCCACGCCGGUCGUGUCUGGGUCAACAACUACCAUGCUUACCCCGCGCAUGCUGCCUUUGGCGGUUACAAGCGCAGCGGUAUCGGCCGUGAGACGCACAAGGUUGCCCUUGACCACUACCGCCAGACCAAGAACCUGCUUGUUUCGUACAGCAAGUCUGCUCUCGGCUUUUUCUAA